GCAGAGGUUCCAUUUUUCAGGGACACAAGGAGCCAUACAUUACCGUCGGCCCUACGUCGUUCCCGAUCAAAGGCUUGUGCAAAGCGUGUACGCUUCGCCGAUGCUCUUGGUCUAGACUUGGAAAAGCGUCAGUACUUCACAGAAAAGGACCCAGAUCUUUUUCUCACACCACCAUCUUCUCCAACACCUGGACGUCGCCUAGUGCUGUCCAACUUCGUUUAUCGUUCUGAAUCCGAAUACAACCAGCGAGCCCGUGACCAAAUGGUCUGUUUGGCUAAACUACGUGUUCAUGGUCACACUAUUAAUGGCCAGGUUAACGUCGCCAACAUCGCUUUUUGUAAGGAGGUUGCGAUUCGUUACACGACUAGCAAUUGGGCCACUCACGAUGAAGUCGCCGCAACUUACGGACAUACCGUCUUCGGCGCUGACAACGUUGAUGCCUUCGUAUUCUCGCUGAUGCUUCCCGCAGAUGUAAAGGUUCGUAGACUUUUUGCUAUUUAUCUAGCUCGGGAAGCGGCCCUUUCGGCUCAGUGUGUUAACCGUUCGAAUUUCACAACAAAGUUCCCGAAGCAACUUGUAAUACUGUAUGAAUUGUUUCAGGAAGGACAGUGCCAGUUCUGCGUACGUUUCACUGUGGACGGACGUGAGUUUUGGGAUAACAACUCUGCCAACAACUACUGUGUGGACAUUGUUCCGGAUGCGUCACUGCCGCCAUCAUCGUAUGAACGCAGUCCAGUACCUACAAUAACUCCAGUAGCACCAGUUACAUCCUUUUUCACACCUCGUCGUCUACGUCGUUGGGGUAGAGCCCAAGAGGAAUCGGACGACGAGAGCUCACGUGUGUACAUCCCUCGCCGUAGAAUUGUGCUUUAG